AGUUGGUCUCCAUUUUAAUAUACCGCCCACAUGAGUUUCAUUUAACACCUCUCUCUCCCUCAAAGCCACCCAAAGAAAAAAAACACCUCAACUUGACCAACCUUCAAGUUAUCACUAUAUAACCCUAACCACAUAACAUACCCAAACCCCUUAUAAUCUUUAAAAAAAAAUCAUCUUUUCUUUCAUCUUCAUCUUUGCUCAAAACCCUUCAUAAUCAACAUAAUCACCACUCAAACUAACAAGAUCCAUCGACUUCUAUUACAACUUCUUUUCUUUUUAAUUAUCUUCAUCCAUAGUAUCAAAAAAUGCCUCCAAAUCCACCAAAAUCUUCUCUCCUCCUCCAUAGAAUCAACCACACCACCACUCCAACCGUCACCAACCACCAUGAUCACCUCCCCGGUGAAAACACCCCGCUCUUCGUCAACCCUGUCACCACCAUCCCUAAUACUAUAUCACACUACCACACACAUCCCAUCUCCUCCAACCAACUAUGCUCGGCGGUCGUCCAGGAAACAACCGCCUCCAUCGCCUCCGUCUGGUCCGUCGUUCGCCGCUUCGACAAACCACAAGCCUACAAAAACUUCAUCAAAAGCUGUAGUCUCAUCAACGGCGAAGGUGAUGUAGGCACACUCAGGGAGGUCAACCUUAUAUCAGGCCUCCCUGCCGCCCGCAGCACCGAACGCCUCGAGAUCCUCGACGAGGACCGUCAUGUCAUCAGUUUUAGCGUUGUUGGUGGAGAUCACCGGCUUGCUAACUACCGUUCCGUUACUACACUCCAUCCCUCCGGCGAGGGUGAUAGUUCCGGCACGGUGGUUGUUGAGUCCUACGUGGUGGAUAUUCCUCCGGGAAAUACUAAAGAGGACACUCGUGUGUUUGUUGACACAAUUGUUCGGUGUAAUCUUCAAUCACUCGCACAAACCGCAGAGAAUAUUACGCAACAAAACAACAACGAUCAUUACAAAUGUUGUUCCUAAUUUUUCAUUUUCUUUUUUAGUUUUUCAUAUUUAUGAUAUAUUAUAUUGUUGAUUAAGUAUUGUGUAUAUUGUGAUUAUUAUUAUUACUACUAUAGAUUGUUUAAUGUAUGAGUUGGUAUAAAUAUAAGACCAAGUUUUCCUAGUUUA